AUGUCAAGUAGUAUGGCCGCCAGCUACUUUGGCCUCGCUCCACGAGCUCCAGAUGGUCCCGCAGAGCAUACCGCCGUAGCGGUGCUCAUCGGAAUCUCAUGGUACAACGCACUCGAGCUGAUUGUACUCUGUUUCGCAACCUUCAAACGCUAUGGGGGUCUCUAUUUUUGGUGUCUCCUCAUCGCCUCCUUCAGCAUUAUUCCCUUCGGCCUCGGAUACCUCCUCAUCAUCUACAAUAUCUACAACAAUCUCUUCCCAGUAGCUAUGGAGCUCAUCGCGUGGGUUUGCAUGGUUACGGGUCAAUCGCUAGUUCUAUGGUCUCGACUCCAUCUCGUUCUUCAGAAUCCGAAGAUUCUCCGCGCAACUCUAAUAAUGAUUAUCGUCGACGCAAUCAUCCUUCACAUCCCCGCCUCCGUCCUCGAACUCGGCAGCCACUCAAACAAAGCAUACCUAUUCAACCGAGGUUUCAACAUCUUCGAGCGCAUCCAACUCAUCGGUUUCUCGGUUCAAGAAGUUAUCCUCUCAGUGAUAUACUCCAUCGAAGCCGUGCGACUACUCAACCUGCGACCGCGCGGCCAUUACCGCGGAAUCCUCGUCCAACUCCUCGUCGUGAACUUCUUCAUGAUACUCAUGGACGCCGCCGUAAUCGCAGUACAAUUUACUGGGAUGUCCGACGUACAGUUUACACUGAAAGCAAUGGUGUACAGCAUAAAGCUGAAACUGGAAUACGCAAUCCUAAACAAGCUCGUCGUCUUUGCCGAAAAGAUGAGCGGUAGUAACUCUGCGCCAACGGAUUUAUCUGAUUUUGUGGAUCUCUCUUUUCGUCCUGAUGCUGCACCGACUGAUAGUGAUAGUCAGGCCCGUAUGAUUGAUCCGUUGGAAUUUAAUAGCUAUGCGCAUGGAUUCCAGAAUCGUCAUCGCGCGUCCUCGAAACAGUCGUCUCAUGAUCCGCGCUUCUCUAUAUCCAACAUUUCCCCUACGUCGAAAUCUGACCCGAAUGAUUCUUUUGCAUGA